AUGGUGCAGCGCGUCGCGGCUAUUGGCCUGAAGGAGGUGGCCUUCCUGGAGACACCUACGCCUGAUUACCGGUUCAGUGUUGAGGAAUUAUCCAAAGACAUACGGGCGAUGAUCAUCGAUCUUCCCGAAGAGCACAAGGAGUGCAAUCCCUUGCCAGCGCUGAGGGAUGAGAUGCAACAGCUGCUGGACUAUGCAUAUACACCCGUCACGGAUGCGCACAUGCAAUACCUGGAGAGCCAGGCGAAGAAGACCGGCAUCCAAGACAUGCCGUGCGGUGUCAGUACGAUCAGUUUGGUAGAUUAG